UUCAAUAGACCCUUCAAAUUGUUUGCUCAUUUUUAAGUGCUCAUAGUUUUGAAUUUUUGGGAAUUAUUUCUGAAAAAAAUCAAAUCAUAAUGACCUCAUUUGUUAAGGUUGUUUUAUUGCUGACCUCUUUAGUCACAUUCUGUUACACAUUUUAUGUGGUCGGAAAAUUGACGCUGUUUCUCUCCAAGCCGCGAUCGAUUUCAAGAGCGCACAUCUGGGUCUUUAAUUUAUUGGACAAUGACUCGCGAGUGGAAACCGCAUUUGGAUCGAUUGUAUUCGACACUCUCUAUUUAAUCACGUUCAUAUUUCAGCAUAGCUUCUUUAAGUCAGCAAUAGUGAAGAAUUUGCUGCGCAAAUUGCACUUGGCUCCAGCCGAGCGAACUAUUUAUACUCUGACGACAUCGCUUUGUUUACAUCACCUGGUGAAGAACUGGGUGCCUGCUCAAUCGAUUGUUCUCUGGCAAAUCGACGUGGACGAGAGCAUCCCGCUUUGGUGGACUUUUGUUAUAACCCAUGGUAUAUGCUGGGCUAUCAUUUACGGAGGCAGCUUCAUAAUGGACCUGGGAGAGCUUUUGGGCAUCAAGCAGACCUAUUAUUAUCUACAUAACUACUCGGAACCCAUCACAUUCAAGUCGCUUGAGCUUCGCAACCUGUACUCUCAUGUGCGUCAUCCGUCCUUUGUAGGAUUCACUCUCAUUCUGUUUGCCACCAAUGUGAUGAGCAUUGAUCGCUUUCUACUCGCUGUGCUGCUGACCGCGUAUAUGUAUGUGGCCUGGUCCUCCGAUCAGACCGACGUCGCCUACCAAAAGAAACAGCUGCAGCGCAAGAAACAAGAACUAAAAGCGCAUUAAGGAUGAAAUUCACAUGCAUUUUAGCGGGACCUUUACUUU